UGCGGCCACCAUGGAUGUACAGCCUGGACAUUGCUGGUUUUGUGAGAAACGUCUCCAACAGAGGACUGUGCCUUGCGACGGAUGCCCUGUUGCUGUCUACUGUACCACAUCAUGCCGGGACAGAGACAAAGUCAGGCACGGUGCUGUCGAGUGUGAAAUAUUUCAGGCAAAAAAGUGCAGCACUUGCGGAAAACGUGGCAAAACACUCGAGUGUCAAGGAUGCAACGAUGCAUGGUAUUGCGAUACAGACUGUCAACGGCAUGGAUGGCAAUCUCACAAAGCAAAGUGUAAGGAAAUUAUGGCUUCUGUCAAACAACUGUCACUGGAACUGCGUUACCCAACAUAUUUUGAUUUUCCCUCAUAUAUUGGGCGCGAAACGGCUAAAGACUUCCUUCAACUUGAAAACAACGAAUUGUCCUCAGAUAGAGUGGAAAAUGAACAGCUGACUCAGGAAUAUCAUGUCCUCUCUGCUGGUUGUGGAAAUCUGCGUAACACGGUAUUGACAGCUGGUUCCUUGCCUGACAAGUACCAGGGAAAACUUCACAUUACCCUAAAUGACAACGACCCUUUUGUCAUGGCAAGGAAUGUGCUGUUUCUCUUCAUGUUGGUCCGCUUCGCAGACACUGACUGCAUUGCCUCCAGUUUGACGACCAUCUGGUACUCACUCCAUAUUUCCGAGAGAGAGUACGACUUGAUCAAGACAAGCUUGGAUGAACUCAUUCAGAUGAGUGCUCAGCAACUCCAUGGUGCCACCAAAGGACUGGUGAGUGUCCUGGAUGAAGACCUCAAUUAUCUGAAACCUGUUUGGGAACAGUGGCGAGCGUUGGAAUGUCAGCGAGACAAGAAAGCCUCCAUCAAUCUUAAACAACAACGAAAGAUUAUGUUUGAAAACGACCCGAAUGCUAAGUUGAACCAUCUUUUGUAUCUAAAUCGUAUCAAUGAAAAAGAUAGAAAAAUGAUGGAAGAGUGGUUGGGACAUGGGCUAUUUUUUCCCUAUGAGGCGAAGGAAAAAGACAUGUCAUUUGACAACCCAACACUAACUGCCCCAAAGGCAAGCGAAACUGUUGCAGGUGAAGAUGCGCGCUUAUUUCUUCUCCUAAACAAUGCUCAAGCAGAACCACAAGAAGAUGCUACACAUUUUGUGUAUUGUAUUUAUCCACUUGCCAUUCCCUUUGAAGUAUGGGACUGUUUGAGAGUAAGAGAGAACACCCCUGGAUCACACUCCUCUCCGAUGGUGAUGUACCACAAGUACGUGACAAACCUCCUCCAGAAAGUCAAGAGUCUCAUCCUUCAAGGAAGACUGCUUAUCCGUGUCUCCUUGGCAAACUCUCUGGACUUCCCAAAUCAUCAUCAAACCUUGAGCAUGCCCAACUACGACCGAAUCUUCACCUCCAACCUUGCUGACUUUGUGGGAUUAGCUAAACUCCUGCAGACAAUGAAGCCACUGCUUAACGCCAACAACAGCUACUCGGCUAUUAUCACUGAGAUUGUACACUGGGCCGAUAAAGUUCCUGGAGCUAAACUUGAGAAUCCUUCAGAAAUCCAGCGUGCAAAACUAAAGAGUUACUUAAUAAAUGAUCGUAUGACAGGAAUACCACUAAAACAACAUACAUGGGUGUCAGACUACUUCAAUGACACCUCCCACUUUCUCCAGUAUCUCCGAGCUGACAUCAUGGCAGGGGGGCUUGGCAUACCAUCACUCAAGGACGUACCGUCAUUUGAGAGUGUCAAGAAAUAUCACGGCAUGGAAAUGCGUGACUUCAGGAAGGGACUGAACAAGCUUGUACCAUUCCGGUACCUACGUAAUAAACGAGACCUUAAUAUUAAUAACGGAACUGACAGAGCUGUAGAGUGGUACCUGCCUAAAGCUUAGACACAAUACUCUGAUGUGAUGCCUUUCAGCAACUACAUACUGUCCAUACAAUGUGUGG